CUCUACCGGGAUGUGAUGCUGGAGACCUAUAGCCACCUGCUCUCAGUAGGGUAUCAGGUUCCUAAAGAAGAGGUUGUCAUGUUGGAGCAAGGAAAGGAGCUGUGGGCACUGCAGGGUGAGAAUCCACAUCAGAGCUGUCCAGGUCAGAAAUUAUGGGACCAUAAUCAAUGCAGAAAAAUCCUCAGGUAUAAACAGGCAUCCUCUCAACAUCAGAAAAUUUAUCCUGGGGAGAAAUGUUAUGAAUGUGCCAAAUUUGGAAAGAUCAUCACCCAGAAGUCACAGUUUAAUAUCCAUCUGAAAGUGCAUACAGGAGAAAAUCUCUAUGUAUAUACUAAAUGUGGGAAAUCUUUUGUACAGAAGCCAGAAUUCAUUACACAUCAGAAAACCCAUACUAGAGACAAGCUGUACAAAUGCAAUGAAUGUGGAAAAUUAUUUUUCCAAGUAUCUUCUCUCUUCAGGCAUCAUAGAAUUAAUACCAGAGAAAAUCUCUAUGAAUGCAGUGAAUGCGGGAGAGGCUUCCCUUAUAACUCAGAUCUCAGUAUACAUGAGAAAAUUCAUACUGGAGAGAGACACUCUGAAUGCAGAGAUUGUGGCAAAGCCUUCGCACAAAAGUCCACCCUCAAGAUACGUGAGGAAAUUCAUACAAGUGAGGGAUCCUAUAUAUGUAUUGAAUGUGGACAGGCCUUCAUACAGAAGACACAAUUGAUUGCACAUCAAAGAAUUCAUUCUGGAGAAAAACCAUAUGAAUGUAGUAAAUGUGGGCAGUCUUUCAUUUCCAAGUCACAACUUCAGGUACAUCAACAAAUUCACACAAGAGUGAAGCCCUAUGUAAGUACCAAAUAUGGGAAAGUCUUCAAUAAUAGUUCCCACCUCAUUACACGUGAGAAAGUUAAAAUUAGGGAGAAAUUCUUCAUAUGUACUGAAUGUGGAAAGGCUUUUACCUACAGGUCAGAGUUGAUUAUACAUCAGAGAAUUCACACUGGAGAGAAGCCUUAUGAAUGCAGUGACUGUGGAAAAGCCUUCACACAGAAGUCAACACUCACAGUGCAUCGGAGAAUUCAUACAGGAGAAAAAUCAUAUGUGUGCAUGAAAUGUGGGCUAGCCUUUAUCCGGAAGGCACGCUUGGUUGCACAUCGAAGAAUUCAUACUGGAGAGAAACCUUAUGAAUGUGGUCAGUGUGGGAAAUUCUUUACUUCCAAGUCACAACUCCAUGUGCAUAAACGAAUUCACACAGGAGAAAAACCCUAUACAUGCAGUAAAUGUGGGAAGGCAUUCAGUGACAGAUCCAAUCUCAUUAAGCAUCAGAAAACUCACACAGGAGAGAAGUCCUAUAUAUGUUCUAAAUGUGGAAAGACCUUCACUCAAAGGUCAGAGCUGAUUACACAUCAGAGAAUCCAUACUGGAGAGAAACCUUAUGAAUGCAAUACCUGUGGAAAAGCCUUCACGCAGAAGUCAUACCUCAGUAUACACCAGAAAAUUCAUAGUGGAGAGAGACGAUAUGAAUGCCAUGAAUGUGGGAAAGCUUUCAACCAGAAAUCACCAUUAACUGUGCAUCAGAAAAGUCAUACUGGAGAAAAGCCCUACAUCUGUUCUGAAUGUGGGAAGACCUUCAGACAGAAGUCAGAGUUGAUUACGCAUUAUAGAAUUCACACUGGAGAGAAACCUUAUGAAUGCAGUGAUUGUGGGAAACCCUUCACCUCCAAGCUCCUGGUGCACCAGCCAGUUCACACAGGAGAGAAACCCUAUGUGUGUGCUGAGUGUGGGAAAGCCUUUAGCGGCAGGUCAAAUCUCUAUAAACACCAGAAAACUCACACCGGAGAAAAGCCUUACAUUUGUUCUGAAUGUGGGAAGACCUUUAGACAGAAGUCAGAGUUGAUUACACAUCACAGAAUUCAUACUGGGGAGAAACCUUAUAAAUGCAGUGAUUGUGGGAAAUCUUUUAUUAACAAAUCAAAACUACAUGAGCAUCAGCGAAUUCACACAGGAGAGAAGCCUUAUGUGUGUGCUGAGUGUGGGAAGGCCUUUACCAAUAAGUCAAAUUUGAAUAAACACCAGAGAAGACACAGAGGAGAGAAACCCUACCAGUGUUCCAUCUGUGGGAAAGGUUUCUUUCAGAAGUCAGUGCUCAAUGUACAUCAGAGCAUUCACUCUUGA